AUGAGCAAGGAGUCCAUACCCUUCACAUCGUUUGUCACGCAACAUGGGCAGUGGGAAUUUCUAAGAGCACCAUUUGGUCUCUCCGUAUCGCCGAAGUACUUCAUGAGGUUCAUCACCAUCAUAUUUAGAGACUUGAUACAAGAAGGUGUUAUGAUGAUAUUCAUAGACGAUAUUGUUAUUCCAGCGCAGACGAAGGAAGAUGCUGUACAGAGAUUAAGACGAGUGCUGGAGGUGGCUGCUGAGUACGGGCUUGAAAUCAACUGGAAGAAGGCGAGGCUGAUACACCACGAGAUUGAAUACUUGGGACAUCUGGUCAAAGACGGGCAGGUACAACCCAGUCCGGAUAAGAUUAAAGCAGUCGCACAAUACCCCGAGCCUGUGAAUGUCAAACAGAUCCAAAGUUUUGUCGGGCUGACUUCCUGUUUUAGAAAGUACAUAAGAGGCUAUGCACAGAUAGCGAGGCCGCCAACAGAUUUGAUGAGGAAAGAUGUGAAGUUUGUUUUUGGGCCUGAAGAGCGACAAGCGUUCAACAUUUUGAAGCAUAAGCUAACGAGUGAACCAGUACUGAUGAUUUUUGACCAGAAGCUGCAUACAGAACUUCAUUCAGAUGCAUCUAGCAUAGCUCUAGCCGCUAUUCUCAUGCAGAAGAAUGAAGAAGGAGAAAUUCACCCUGUAUAUUACAGGAGCAGACGGACGAAUGACAUUGAAAGGUGUUAUUCAAGUUAUGAGCUUGAGGCACUCGCAGUAAUAGAAGGUGUGAAAAAGUUUCACCACUACCUCUUUGGCAGGUACUUUAAGAUUGUCACAAACUGUGAGGCAUUGGAGCUUACCUUGAAGAAGAAGGAGCUAACACCAAAGGUGGGCAGGUGA